CCGGGCCCCUUCCUUCUGCUUCUUUCCUCAACGACCUCUUCCUUUUUAAAAGCCGAGUGAAUCCCCCACUUGGGCCUCUCCCCCUCCCCAUCGCUCUUUUUUCUCUAAAGUGAAAAGAUAAACAACUACUCUUCAACCCCAUACUUUGUACCGCUUCUUGCAUCCCCCCCCCCACUCUUCCAAUCCUAACUGGAAGAAGGAAAAAAAGACAGGACAAAAAAGAAAGAAAAAAAAAAGAGAAAGAAAAAAGGCCGGUUAAGAAAGGUUUCGACAACCCUACGGAACGGUGAUUAGCAACAAUGGAAUCUCUCCUCAAUCAGUCCCGGAAGCUCUGCCCCUUCCUCAAGAAGACAUCCCCGUCUACUCUUCGUGCGCUCUCUACUAGCUCGAGUGUCAAUGGCGUUGGUGGAGGAACGAUGUCUAACCUUCAGAUUGUCGCGCGUCGCUGCCCGGUCAUGUCAAAGGCGCUUGCCGUCCAGUCGGUUCGCAACUCCGCCUUCUCUCCUUCCCUCGGCUUGAGGCCGUCGGGGUUGGCUCGCGCAGGCGGUUUGCCGGUUGGUCAGAGGAGAUCUUAUGUUGUGCCCAGCAAGCCUACCAAUAUUCAAGCGUCUAUUCCAAAGGCUGCGGAUGCUGCCAAUGUUGAGUCUCUCCAUAUUCAGGCCGGUGUCUUUGAUACUUCUAAGGGCAUUUGUCCUCAUGGAGCUGCUGCGUUGAGAGCUGCUAGGGUAGCAGAGGGCAUGGCUCCCCGGGCGACGGCUCGUGUUACUCGUCCGGUCAAUGUGGUUCCCGCGGCUCACCAUUCCGGAAAGUUUGAUUAUGAGGCUUUCUACGGUGCCGAACUCGAGAAGAAACACAAGGACAAGAGCUACCGCUAUUUCAACAACAUCAACCGUUUGGCGAAGCAAUUUCCUCAGGCCCAUUUGGAGACCCCUGAUAAACUUGUCACUGCUUGGUGCUCCAAUGACUACUUGGGCAUGGGACGCAAUCCCGAAGUCAUUAAGACCAUGCACGAGACUCUUGACAUGUACGGUGCCGGAGCUGGCGGGACCAGGAAUAUUUCGGGUCAUAAUCAACACGCAAUUGCUCUUGAAGCGAGCAUUGCCAAACUGCACGCCAAACCGGCAGCCCUUGUUUUUUCGUCUUGUUAUGUGGCGAACGAUGCGACUUUAGCAACCCUCGGAUCGAAACUCCCGAAUUGCGUGAUUCUGUCCGAUUCCCUCAAUCACGCAUCAAUGAUCCAAGGAAUCCGUCACUCUGGUGCCAAGAAGAUUGUCUUCAAACACAACGAUCUUGUCGACCUCGAGGCAAAACUCGCAUCCCUUCCCUCGCAUGUUCCGAAAAUCAUUGCUUUUGAAUCCGUGUACUCCAUGUGUGGAUCCGUUGGGCCGAUUGAGGAGAUUUGUGAUUUGGCCGAGAGGUAUGGUGCUAUUACCUUUCUGGAUGAGGUCCAUGCUGUCGGUAUGUACGGGCCACAUGGUGCUGGUGUUGCGGAGCAUCUUGACUUUGGGGCCCACCGUGCUGGAAAGCCUAAGGGAACUAUCAUGGACCGCAUCGACAUUAUCACUGGCACUCUCGGGAAGGCGUAUGGUUGUGUUGGCGGAUACAUUGCAGGCUCGGCAAAGAUGGUUGAUGCCGUUCGUUCGCUUGCUCCCGGUUUCAUAUUCACCACUUCUCUUCCUCCGGCAACCAUGGCUGGUGCAAGGGCCGCAAUUGAAUACCAGGCCAACUACGACGGCGACCGCAUCCUCCAACAACUCCACACCCGUGCCGUUAAGGAUUCCCUGGAAGCUAGAGACAUACCUGUAAUCCCUAAUCCCUCUCACAUUGUCCCGAUCCUCGUCGGCGACGCGGAAAUUGCUAGAGCUGCUAGCGACUCUCUCUUGGAAGACCACGGCAUCCACGUUCAAGCCAUAAACUACCCUACUGUUCCGGUCGGUCAGGAGCGUCUCCGCAUCACCCCGACUCCCGGCCACACCCAGAACUACCGCGAUCAUCUCAUUGGCGCUCUCGAGUCGGUCUGGAGCACACUUGGAAUCAAGCGUACCAGUGAUUGGAGAGCCGAAGGCGGCCUUUGCGGCGUUGGCAUUGACGGCAUGAAACCGCAAAACAUCUGGUCGGAUGAACAACUCGGCAUUUCUGGUGGCGGCGCCAUCACCUCGACCGCCAACAUGAAGACGGGAGGAAAUAUUGCGAUCGGUGACAUUCUCAAGGGGAAGGUGGGUCGGCUGGUUUCUACCGUUGCUUAGGGUUCCUAUUUACUGCGUCUGUGGAGGUAUUGUGAUGGUGAGGGGUAGUUUAGUUGGCAGCCAUUUAUUUCUUGAUUUCCCCACUGCAGGGGCAAUAAAUUUUAUACAUGGCGAUCAAAUAA